AACCUCCAAAGGGAAUAGGCCUACCGGAAAUCAACAAUAUCUCAGUGCUCGUGCUUUUUUGAGACCUUACCUUUGGCGUGUGCGCGCUUCUAGAGUUUCUCUCCAAACAGGUUCGACCAGGACACACCUGCAGGGACAAAAAGGAGCCUUGUGUACUCGGGACGCCAUUCUUUACUUCACUGACCUCUGAGGACGACAGACGGAUAGAAAGCAGAAGAGGGAAACUUUUGGAUUCACAUUAAUUCGUUUUUAAGGUUUAAUUAAUUCCACCAUGAUGAAAAUGUGGAUUGCUCUCGUGCUCGUUGCCUUCGCAGCGACGGCGUCAGCUCAAAGCUGUUCAUGUGAACCUAUGAAAUGGGCCACCUGUGAUGGAAAUCCCUGUGCCUGUUCUUUGAUGGUUUCUGACAGCAAUAAGCAAACCCUUGACUGCACCAAAAUGAUUCCUAAGUGCUUCUUGAUGAAGGCUGAGAUGUACAGAUCUAGCAAGAACCUUAGCACCCGUCUUAUCGGAGGAAAACCAGUUGAGUCUGCCUUUGUGGACAACGAUGGCAUCUACGACCCAGAGUGUGAGAACAGCGGCAUAUUCAAGGCCAAGCAGUGCAACAACACAGAGGAGUGCUGGUGUGUCAACAGUGCUGGUGUUCGUAGAACUGACAAGGGAGACAAAACCCUCAAGUGUGAGAAGCUGGUGGAGACCAACUGGGUUCGUCUUCAGCUGACACACAAACCUGUGGCAACUCCACUGAAUAAAGAUCAUUUGAAAGCUGCCAUUGCCGAUGCCAUUCACAAGCGUUAUGACAACUUUAACAAGGCCAUGGUGAAAGAAGUUGAGUAUGAUGCUGAUUCUCGCAUGAUUGUGGUGGAUGUGAAGAAAGUCAAGGGAGACCGCGAGAAUGACCUGACCAACAUGGCCUACUACAUGGAGAAAGAUGUCAAGGUGCUGCCCCUCUUCAAGAACCAGGACAAGUUUGCGGCCACUAUGGGAGGCCAGCAGGUGGAGAUGGAGAACAUCCUGGUGUACUACGUGGAUGAGGAGCCCCCGACGUUCACCAUGAAGCACCUGUCUGGUGGGAUCAUCGCCGUCAUCGUGGUGGUGGUGCUGGCUGUGGUCGCCGGCCUGCUGGUCCUGUUCUUCGCCAGAAAGCGACAGAACCAGAAAUACAACAAAGCCCAGUCAAGAGAGCUGGAGCCCAUGUAAAUUCUUCAGGAGUCUCUGAAGAGUCGGCUUGUACAUCACCUGUUUAGGAUUCACUUUUAAUUGCAGUGGGAGGGUGCCAUUUUGACCAAUUUACUUGAGGCAUAUGGAUUGUAAAGGAAUGAACUUGCUUGUGUUUUUUUUGUUGGCACUGCCGGUACCGCCAUUUUUAUUUAUAAACUCUCUAAAGUCUUGACACAACUUUCAAAUCUAUAUGCCAUAAAGAACUUUUCGAAAAUUAGCCUAGACCAUAUGCCGUUUUAUGUUUAGAACACAUUUGAAGGGUUUAAAUGUUGCGCCAUAGAUUGUACAGUUUGUUACUUAUGUGUGUUUGAUGGAUUGUUUUUAAUAAAAACGUUUUUAAAAGAC